AUUUGGAGUACAAAAAUAAAUCUGAUGAUUCCCUCUGGGAUGAGCUACAAAUGAUGAAUCAUAUGUAUCCAGUAAAUCCCUUUGAAAAUGGAGCAGUUGCUGAAAGAAUUAUAGCUGCUUCAGACACAACUGGAGUUUUAUCCUUCAUUAUUAAAUUUAAGAAUAUUGAACAUCCACUAUUAGUUCCUGCAUACAUAGCGAAUACAAAUAUUCCACAAAUGGUCAUACAAUUCUAUGAGAAACGUGUAUCAUGGAGUUCUAUGAGUGAUGAAUAA